GAAGAGACAGGACUUGGGGGUGGGUGGCUGUCCAGGGUACCCAGCGGCAAGACACUCUUUAAGUACAAAGGUAGGGUACUACCCUUUCUGUUUCCUUCUGAGACCAGUUUAUCACCAUCUUACUGGGAAAUGGUGCAUAGGGGCACCCAUCCAACUGCCUUGCAGAACGGGAAGGGAGGGAGGCCCAGGAGUCAGAGCCAAGGGAAGAAGUCGUCUGUUGGGGUUGGUAACGUGAGGUCUGCAGCCAGGCCCUUCAUCUCUUUUGGUUCCUCUGUUCAUCAGCACUGGUAAGGUUUGGGGAUGGUGGGACUGCCUUCCCACCCAUCAGGUCCCUUUGAGCAAGGGGGCAACUCUGCUGUGGGAUACUCAGAAAACAGGUCUCACUUUCCAUCUGGGGCAAUCGCCAUUCCAGCUUUCCUCCAGAAGGGUUCUACCAGCGGUGAGGAGAGUCUGGCAUUUGUAAUGGUCAUUCCAUCUUAGUUUGUAGUGAAUGCCACACCUUCUAGAAACAGGAAAGCCAAAUCAUUCCAAGUUCUGGUUGGCCUAGAACUUUUGGAUCUGCCAAAAGUAGAAGAUCAUAAAACCUGAACCAAUAUCCCCCUGCCCCCAAACUGCAAUUGACUUCCUUUCCCCAGUUGGUCCAGGCACAAUGCUCACACUAUUUGAGUCAAUCACAAGAGUUGUGGUUGAAGAGCUAGACAAUAGUGGGAGAAGCUUCACGGAUGCUGACAAAUUCCACUGCUUCUGUCUGGUGAAGAAGAGGAGACGUUUCUUUGGAAACCAGUAUGACAAGACAAACCUCACCCUGAAAGACAUCCUGGAGAGUGAAGUACCAUUUGAUAUGGUGGUUCCUGAGUUCCAAGGGGACCUUCCUGAUUCUGGGAUCAAACCUGCAUCUCCUGCAUUGCCAGAGGAUUCUUUGCCACUGAGCCGCCUGGGAAACCCUCAUAGCAAGGCUACGUACUGUCAAGAUGGUAACUUUGAAAUUCUGGACAUCGAAGACUCAAAGGAAAAUUGGACAGUGAAAUUUUCCCCCGAAAUGACAUUUAAAAUAGCAUUCCACAUUUUCCAUGAGAUGAAUAUCAAGUUAAAAAAGUGCGAGAUACCCUACAAAUUCCUGGAUUCCCUUAGGAACAAGAAGCUGAAGAAGGAUCUGCCUUCUUCAUUCCAAUCAAUCCAGGCGAAGAGAGAAGACCUGUAUCUAGUGACAAAAACUGUGAAGAUAGCAAAGACUGAAACUCUGAAAUGUAAAAAGUAACUUAGUUUUCAGAUCCUUUUGGAACUUUCUGAUCUCCAAUACGAAAGCCAGAAUGAAGAGGAAGUGACCAUCACCCCUGAGAAGGUCCUGGCCUAUCGGGUAAAGCAGCUUGUCUUCCCCAGGGCGGAGAGGAUAGAUAUUUGUUUCUUUGACGAAACCAGAUCCUUUCCAGAAGAGAAAGAUGGCGGUUCACCUUGGUUGGGGGGGUCCUUGAGUUUGGAGAGUUUCCAAAGCAUAACAGAGAGGGUUCAGGACAUGGUGCAAGUCCUCCAGGAUCUGACUCCAGAGGAGCAAGAAGAGGUGCUAAACUGCUUCACCAAGUGCCUCCACAGUGAUGAAGAGCUGCAGGAUCUAGAGCGAAGGGUGUCUGAGGUCCAGUGCUCUGGGGAGCUACAGAUGAACAACGCAGCGAAUUCUCUCAUAAGCAGUCUUUUCAAUGCUGCUGGGGUCUUGAUAGAGGCACGCGCAGAAACCAUUUGGGAUAUCCUGGAUGCCCUGAAGGAGCUGUCUGAGGGCCGGCAGUUUGUUGCUGAGGCCCUGGAUAAGGGGACCCUGCCCCUCAUGGAGGACAAGGUGGAGCCCGUCCUGUAGGAGAACUGGGGUGAGGGGCCCCUAGAUGUGAGCUGUGAUCCUGAGGCAAGGACUGCCUGUGCCCUCUAUGUUGUUGUCUCCAUCCUGCUACAGCUGGGUGAGAAGCCCACCUCUGUGUCUUCCUAAGCAUUCCCCCCACCAGCCUGAGUGCUCCCCUCCCCAGUCCGUCCUCAUCAUCCCUAAUCCCAAUCACCAGAAUGAUGUCUUUAAAACACACUGCUAUUCUUUGAUACAUCCCAUUCACUAUGAUAAUGUCCAAAAAUCAGUUAGAUUGUAGGCAUGAACUUCUGAUUAAAAAUGGCAGACUGAUCAUAUUAAUUACCUCUCUCUCUCUUCAGAUUUCACUAAAUGACAAUAAAGUGAUAGAAAUGAUAGAAACCCACAAGGAAUAAAGAGAAUUAGGCAGUUGAUAAGGGAUUUCAACACAUCUUUGGAAGCAGUUAAAGGAGUGAUAAGCUAGGAGCCUCGUGACUGAGGGGUGUGGAGGAGUAUAGGAUGAGCCUGCUGGUUUUCAUCAUAAACCUUUUAGUUCUAGUUAAUAUUUUUCAAGACAGUAAUUAAAAGAAAUAUGUACUUGUUGUAAAGCAUUUCAGAUAUUUCUCAAAGUCAAAGGUAAAGGUAGCCCGUGAUCUCCUUUCUCCCUUUAAUAUAACCACUAUGUACAUUUUAGGGUAUGUGAAUAUUUUUUUCUACUGGGCAGUUUUAAAAAUGGUAACUUAAACAUGAAACUAGGAUGAGAUAGCAUACAUCUGGUUUGUAUCUAUCUUUUGAAGUAUUUAUUUUUACAUUUACAUUUUAAAAAUAUUAUAUGCAACAGGAACUCUUCUAAGUGCUCUUGAAGUGUAGCUUGGUCCACUAAUUUGGAAAACUUGAACAAUAUCUACUAAAGCUAAACAUAUGCCUAUGACUCAGCAACUCCACUUCCUUGGCAUAUACCCAAGAGAAAUGAGUGCCCGUGUUCACCAAAAUACUUGCAUGUAUAAAAACAUCAAAAUAAGAGCACUAAGCUGAAAACUAUUCAAAUGCCCAGUACCAUUAGGAUGGAUCCAUAUAUUGCGCUAUACUCAUGAAACAGAAGAGAAUGAAUUACUGCUACACAUAACAACAUGGAUGGCUCUCACAGACAGAAUGCUGAGCAAACGAAGUCAGCACAAAAAUGCAUAUUUGUGUUUGGGUCCUCUGAGAAGUAGGUGCCAAAAUGGGAGCAGAUAUGCAAGAGACUUAUUAGGGAAAAAGCUCAUGAAGAAUAAAGGGAGAGGGAACAGGAAUAGGUAUGGCAAAACUUCAAAUCACAUGAUCUAGAACCUGUGAAAGGAGAGGAGGAGGGAGAGACUGAGUAGGAAGAGUCUCAGAUGACAGCACAGUCUGAGGGUCUCUGCCAAGCCGACCAGAGCAAAAGCGAUCUGCCAGAGGGCUCCCCAUCAGGCAGGAGGGCCAGGCUCUGGGACCCCAUGCUCAGCCUUCAGCAGAGAGCUGCUCAGGAGAGGCUCAGGAGGAGAGCUGUGGUAGGGUGGGUUAGAGGUCCUUCGUCAAGCUGCUUCCUACAGCAGGUUCUCCUAAAGAAAAUCUGGGUAGUGUCCUCCAUGAGACUGUAUGAUUCCAUUUAUAUGAUGCUCAAGGACAGGCAAAACAAAGCAAUGUUGGUAGAAGUCAAAAUAGUGAUUAUCUUAGUGGGGACAUUAUUGACUGGGAAUAGGCAUUAGGGAGUCUUCUGGAGUGCUGGAAAUACAUCAGGAUUUACUGAGCUAACAUUUAAGAUCAGUAUAUUUUAAUGGAAGUGUAUUAUACAUCAAUAAGAAAGGCUUGAAGAAGUACAUAUUAUAUAGCUCCAUGUAAAUGAGGUGAAAGACAAGCAAAACUACACCGUAGUGGAAGAAGUCACCACAGUGGUGAUCUGGGGGAGGGUGCAGUAUGUCUGGGAAGGGGCAGUACUGAGAGAAUCUUCUGGAACACUGGACAUAUCUUAUAUCUUGAUCCAGAUAGUGGUUACAUGGAUGUGUAACCACGUUUACGUGUGUAAAUGUUUAUUAAGCUAAACACAAGAUCUGCACACUUUACUGUGAAUUUUUAUCUCAAUAAAAACUUUAAAAAUGUAAUGAGAACACAUGAGAACAGAUUUGAGCAAUACAGAGGAAUAUGAACAAAUUAAGUAAAAGUUUCCUCUCAAACCCCUUAACCCUAUCACCUAGUCCUACUUCCUUGUGAUAGCCAUAUUAACAAUUUUAGUGUUUAUUACAGCUAAAAAUGAUAUUCUUGUAUUUAUUCUUGAUUUAUUAAUUUUGAAAGUGAAACUGUUAGUUGCUCAGUUGUGUCCGA